CGGGAGACAAAACUGUGAUCGAGACCACACACACACAGGGAGGGGUCUUCCUCCAAAAACAGAGCAAUGAUCCUGUUUCUGGUACUUACUUUGACGAGAGGGUCCCUAUUCCCGACGAGGACGGUCAGUGUGGGAUUAGUCUCCGUAAACUGUGGGCCUUCACUGGACCGGGGUUCCUGAUGAGCAUAGCUUACCUGGACCCAGGUAACAUCGAGUCGGACCUGCAGUCUGGUGCCAAAGCUGGCUUCAAGCUCCUGUGGGUGCUGCUGGGAGCCACCAUCAUCGGCCUGCUGCUGCAGAGGCUGGCGGCCCGGCUGGGCGUCGUCACCGGGAUGCACCUGGCCGAAGUCUGCAACCGCCAGUACCACACUGUGCCUCGUAUCAUGCUGUGGUUGAUGGUGGAGGUGGCGAUCAUCGGCUCAGACAUGCAGGAGGUCAUCGGCUGCGCCAUCGCGUUCAACCUCCUCUCCUCUGGCAGGAUACCCUUGUGGGCCGGCGUCCUCAUCACCAUCAUCGACACAUUCGUCUUCCUCUUCUUGGACAAAUAUGGCCUGAGGAAGCUGGAAGCCUUUUUUGGUUUGCUCAUCACUGUCAUGGCCAUCACCUUUGGAUAUGAGUAUGUGACGGUGGGUCCAGACCAAGGCCAGCUGCUGAUGGGGAUGUUCGUGCCGUACUGCAAGGACUGCAGUGCGGUCCAGCUGACCCAGGCGGUGGGCAUCGUCGGAGCCGUCAUCAUGCCUCACAACAUUUACCUCCACUCUGCUCUCGUCAAGUCUCGAGAAAUAGAUCGGUCGAACAAGAAAGAAGUGAGAGAGGCCAACAAAUAUUUCUUCAUCGAGGCGACCGGGGCGCUCUUCAUGUCGUUCCUCAUCAACGUGUUUGUGGUGGCUGUCUUUGCCGAGGCUUUCUACGGACGCACAAACUCAGAGGUGCAUAAAGUCUGCAAUGAAUCAGGAAGUCCUCACACAAAUCUUUUCCCUAUGGAUGAUAAAACUCUGGAGGUGGACAUCUACAAAGGGGGAGUAGUCCUCGGCUGUUUCUUUGGCCCGGCCGCGCUCUACAUCUGGGCCGUGGGGAUCCUCGCAGCUGGACAGAGCUCCACCAUGACUGGAACGUACUCUGGCCAGUUCGUCAUGGAGGGUUUCUUGAAUCUGCGCUGGUCGCGUUUCGCUCGGGUGUUUCUGACCCGCUCCAUCGCCAUCACGCCAACCCUGCUGGUGGCCAUCUUCCAGGAUGUGCAUCGCCUGACGGGCAUGAACGACUUCCUCAACGUGCUGCAGAGCAUGCAGCUGCCAUUCGCCCUCAUUCCCGUCCUGACUUUCACCAGUUUACCGUCUCUCAUGAACGAGUUCGCCAACGGAUUAGUGUUUAAGAUCGGCGGAGGGGUCGUCAUCCUGAUCGUGUGUUGCAUCAACAUGUACUUCGUGGUGGUUUACGUGACGGCGCUCAACAGUGUGUGGCUCUAUGUGCUGGCAGCGUUCCUCUCCAUAGCGUACCUGACGUUUGUGGGAUAUUUGUCGUGGUUAUGUCUGAUAGCUCUGGGAGUUUCCUGGCUGGAUCCGAGGACCAGGAGAGGAAACGACACGACCAUCCUGAUCGAGCGGCAGCCGGAGUUUGACUCCUGAAUGAAACGUGUCUCCCAAUGGACGUUUGUCUCGAAGGUGCCGCUGUGUGCAACCUAACUGACCUUUGACUGUUUUGUUCCAGCACAUUUAUUCAUCUUUAUUAUGGAUUUAUUUAUACAAGAAGUUCAUAAACUUCCAGAUGAAUUCUUAAAGUGCACAAAUACAAAUACACGUCCUAAUGAAUGAUUGUACAGAACAAUCGU